AUGGAGAAGGCUAAGAAAUUAGGCAGGGGUUACGUUUCUUGGAAUGAUGAGAUGGAUGAAACAUUGCUUAACACUUUUGUGGAGUACUACAACAAGGGUGAUAGAGCUCAGAAUGGACGGAAGUCUCAUGUGUACAUCACUGCUAUAAAAAAUCUUCACUUCGAGAGGAAUCGCAAAGGGAAUGAUCCUGAAAAUCCCUUCAUGACGAGAACCGUGAAGGCCGACACCUCGGCGCGGUGGGCCAGCACGGCACGGCCAAAUUUAGACGGGCCGGCACGGGCACGGCCAGCACCGACCGCCUACCCCUGCGCCGCCCCGCGCUGCCCGCCCCCGCCCUGGCUGCCCGCCCCCGCCCGGCCGCCUGCCGGCCCUGCCCUGCCCCUGCGCCUGCGCCACCUCACCGCCCCGCUCGCCCCGGCCACCGACCCCGCCCCGCGCCGCCCGCCUCCUCGCGCCGCCCGCCUCCGCCCCGACAGCCCGCCCCAGCCCACGCCGCCCGCCCUCGCCCCAGCCCGACCGCCUACCGGCCCCACCUCGCCUCACCGUCUGCCCCGCCCCGCCCUUGCGCCGCUGCGCCACCUCACCGCCCCACCCCGCCUCGGCCGCCGGCCCCACCCCGCCCGACCGCCCGCUAACCCCGCCCCUGCGUCGCCUACCGCCUCGCCGCUCGAUCGCGUCGCCCCCGCCCCGCCGCUCGGCCCCACCGCCCAACGACCCAGCACGGCCCGUUGUGCCACAACUGUGCCCGAACCGGCUCGGUACUGUGCUUCACGGGCCGUGCCGUGA